AGGUGAAAGAUGCAGAGAUUACAUACUUCUGAAAAAGUGAGUUUUUAUUGUAACCUCGUCAGUGUUGGUAUUGACGACGUAGUACAGGUAGCAACUUCCAGAACUCGUAGUAUGUCUUCUUUCAAACGAAGGCCACUUCCAAAUGCAGUAGAUGGUGCCCCUCGAGAAUUCGUUGCUCGUUUGGAAGCUAUGUUGCGAGACGACUGUUUACAAAAUAUAUGUGAAGUGACCCAAGACCCCUCCGGAGCAGAAGAAGCAUUCCCGUUCUUGCCAGUUUCUGGUUAUAUGUUCGACAGAGCUAACAAGUGGACUGCAAUAGAUAAGGAAAUGUUAGCCAAGGGAGAGAAACAAGCAGAACUCCAUCGGUAUUUAGAAAAUUUGAAGCUUUCAGAGAGCACUAGUGUUGGCGUGAAAACACUGGAAGACAGCUCGAUUCCUAGACUGUACUCUGAACAACGCUUUUGUUUACGAGACGUUUUAAAUGUCAUGGAAGAGGAAGGUGAAUUAAGCAGUGAAGCUUUGUUGAAGAAGAAGGAGGAAUUGACUGAACACUUAACACAAGUGCAGAGCCUGUUGACAGCAAAUAUUUUGGAGAAGAAAGAAGCCUUCAAAGAGUCUAUUACGGAAGUUGGACAAGUGCAAGAGACACUUGCUUCUGUAACUAGACAAGUUGGAAAUAUUCGUUCGCAACUUGAACAAGUGAACGAUUUGUUUUUCGAUAAGAUGAACGAUAUUCACCAAACAUUUCAAGCUCUCAAACUUGGAAAGUUAGUGUUGGAGAAGUUGGAACAUAUUGCAGAGAUGAUGGAGGCACCAAACCAUGUCAGUCUGCUUCUUGGUUCUUCUGAUUACUUGGGAGCUAUGCAAGCUAUUGAGCAACUGAGAAAUAUUCGUCGUGAUAAAUUUGGAAAUAUUCGCUGCCUCGACUGCGUUGAGAAGCAAUUGGAGAAAACUUUGGAUGAUACCAUUCAAGUUAUGCGACAAGAUUUUGUUUCUUGUCUAGAUGAGUUGAUUGAUGAAUGGACUACAGAGGAGAUACCUGUAGACUUGUCGUGGGAAGAUUGUGUGAAACAAGAUGUUCAUUCUCUAUCGACAGCAGCUUCGCAGAGUGUAUUGAAUUCUCUCAUUAUGGCGGCAUUUCGUUUUGGCAAAUUGCAGUAUCUCGUGAAGUAUUUUGUGGACCGAUAUUUUGAUCUCUUUUUGGAGAGUACUUCACAUAUUGGUGAACAAGCAAGUAAUAUUACUGAUUUGGAAACGAAGAGGGAACUUGUUGAAAGCUUUUUAACAAGUUGUAAGUGGCAUGUGCACCGAGUUGCUUUGGUACUUGGGCUUGUUUAUUAUCUAACGACACAUUCCACAUUCAUCGAUUCAAACGGACAUGACGAGGCCUUUCAUUUUGUGAAUGAGUUUACGGAAGCUUCUUGGAAACAAAUGAAAGUUCGAUUUUGUGAGAAUAUUUCGGAGAGACUAUAUGAAGCUUGUUCACUGAUACUGUCGAAUACUGCUCAGCAAAUAGACAAUGACUUUAGAAAGAACACAUGGGUAGAAGAUCAUUUAAUAUCUCUUCAACAGUUUGCAUUGAUAUGUAGACAGUUGGAGAAGAUAUCACAACAACUCUGUAGUAUAUUUGAAGUUUCACCUAGCACAGUCGGCGGUUUGCGCACAUUCAUGUUGGAUAGUUGUCGAUCAUACUUUCAAACUAUUCAUAAUGUUGCUUACAAGGCAAUGGAAUGUUUUUUGAAAGAAGAACGAUGGAGUGCCGUAGAAUUCAUUCCUGAUGUUGUUGUAUCCUGUUUAGAAGAGACUCGGAAGAUUCCAUUGAAGACUCAUCUUGAUAGUUCCUUUGCAUCACGUCAUCUGAUGAAUGGACGACAAGAAUCCGUGCAUAACGAACCUCCUCGAAAGGAUUUUAUCCAGCUGGAGGAAACUGAGUCUGGAAACUCUGAGAAAGAAGUUUAUGAAGAAAUAUCGAGUAAUACUGAUGAACAGCAAAUGAUGUGGAGCGUUCUGAAAGCGACAAAUCAUGAGAAGCCUGUUUUGUUAAGACUGGGGAAUUCUCGUUGUUUUCCUAUAACGAAGAGCAACAUAUUUUUGAUCAAGAUAUUAUAUUUAUAUGUACAGUGUGUAGCAUAUUUUCCUCGUGGUUUCAUUGAUAGAGAAAUUAUUCAAAAGUUGGUACAAAUGGUCCGCAUGGUCAAUCAGCUUACGAACCAAAUGGUGCUAGCUGCUGGUGCCAUUCAGACUGCAGGUCUAAAGUCCAUAAGCGCCAAGCAUUUGGCAGUUGCAUAUCAAAGCAUCCAUUUGUUGUCACAAUAUAUGGAUAUGUUGCUUAGUGCUUUGUCCACUUUUGUGAUGGUUGAUCAGCAUACUCUUUCAGAAUUUCAAAAGGCCCAAAGAGAAUUGAGAGAUCAUCAAGGUCAAAUACUUGCAAAACUUGUUUCUAUUAUGAAUGAACGAAUGGUAUAUCAUCAAAAGACAGUGGAGUCUAUGCCAUGGAAUAACACACAGUUAUUAGAACAGUGGGAAAUUCCCAGUCCCUAUAUUCAGUCUUUAGUUAGAGAAUUGUUUAUUCUUGAUCGGAUUUUCAACUCGGUGGGUAUGGAACGAGAAUGGAAUGACUUAUCUAUUCGUAUUAUUUCGUCUUAUGGUGAGAAGUUAACCAACAUAUAUGAGGGACUGAAGUCAAUGGGAGCAACCGGAAGGAAGAGAAUAGUUGCAGACAUCGAAUUCUUUGUAGACAAUUUAAACAAUAUGUUUGGGAGAGAGAAACUUGGGUCUUAUGGAUUGAAAAAUCUUCAAAGUUUACAAAACCAAUUGGGAGCUACUUGACGAACAAGAAUAAGGCCAUCAUAAGUGUAACAAAAUGGCUACUCAAAUAUGGAUUUUGAU